AUGUCCUAUGUAUGUUUUACUGACGAGAAAGGUACGCACAGUAUUGACCAUGCUGCCACACUCAUUGACUGCGAUCGCUCACAGGCUGGCAGCUCCUUUCAUGCUUAUUGGAAUAUUGUAUGCUGUGUUUGCGGUGUUGGUAUGUUGGGCUUAUCUCAGUCCCUGAGCAAAGGGGGUUGGGGUGCGUUGGCGCUCAUCAUACUUUCCUGGUUGAUGACGCUUUAUUGCUCUGUUAUUUUGAUACAAUGUCUAUACCAUCCUCGUAACAAACAAGAUCCAGUCCGUCUUGCGUCCAUCCCUGCUGUCGCCCAAGACGCCUUUGGCCCAAUCGGAGGCUGGUUUGCUUUCUUUUUCCAAACAUGGAUCGUCCUUGGUAUACCCAUUCUGCAUUUUGUGCUUGCUGGUGCUAACAUGAAUCAACUUUGCCGCGGUACUGCAGCAGAAAUUGGACAAGUACAAUGGACCAUCAUAUUUUGUGCAUUGGUCUCCUUCCCAUAUGUCUUUUUCAAAAGCAUGAAGGACACAGGUUGGACUAGCGUUUUUGGCGCGCUAGCUAUAAUCAUCACAACACUCAUCUGUGUGAUCGUGGCCGGUAUCGAUGAAAACAGCCGCCUUGGUGAUAGCCCACCUGUCAUCCACAACAGCAUCAUUUGGCAAGGGUAUCCUGCGGCUUUAUCCAACAUUUCCGUCAGCUUCAGUGGUAACGUUGCGUUUCCCAGUAUUGAAGCAGCGAUGAAAAAACCACAGCAUUGGACCCGUGUCAUUACUACUAGCUUGACAACCUGUGUCUUCCUUUACAUUCUAAUUGCCGUCCCAGGCUAUUACGUUUAUGGAGCAUCAGUACAAAAUCCAAUGUACAACAGCCUUCCCGAUGGUAUCCCACGUACAAUAAGCAUUGCUUUGAUCACGAUUAGUGUGAUCAUGUCCGCUCCGAUUUUUUUGAUUACAUUUACGCUCGAAUGCGAAGAACGAAUGAACAUUACAGUCGAACGUUGGGGUCGCAGACGAGAGCUUGUCUUCCGUAUCGGUUUCCGUUUGUUGACGAUGAUCGCUUGUGCAACGAUCGGCUGUGUGGUUCCGUUUUUCGAUCUUUUGAUGGCCCUGUUUGGUGCUGUAGGCUGUUCUACUACUAUCUUUAUAAUCCCCGUCCUAUGCUAUUUUCGCCUUACAGGGUUUGGUAACAAAUCCUUAUAUGUACUUGCCUGGAACUUUCUUAUUCUAGUCUUCGGCACAGUAGGUCUUGCAUUCGGCAGCUGGUUUGCUGUUGAAGAUCUUGUUCAUGCUUUUCAGAAAUCAUCAAAAUCUUAA